UUUGUCUGUAGUGUCUUACAAGCAGUAUGUACAACAGUUUACAGUAGAUCUAUAGUUAAAAUCAACACUGCUUGUCAUUGGUUGAUAGAUCGAGUCAGUCUAUACAUUUGAACUCUGUUUUGAUGUAAUAUACACCUACCAUUACUCAGUGUUCUAAAACCAGUUGGUUGUACAAAUUAUGUGAUGAAUGGCAUUUUGAUGGACAGAUCUUCUGCUCUUGCAGGAUGUCUGGUGCCAGGCUGUUACUGUUCAUACAGAGCCUGUCUCGUAGGAAACCCCUGGAGCCAGAGGGGGAGGUGUCCAACUUUAAACGAUGUCUGACUACCCUUGACCUGGUGGCUCUGGGGGUUGGCAGCACACUGGGGGCUGGCGUGUAUGUGCUGUCAGGAGAGGUGGCCAGGGCCGUAGCUGGGCCCAGUAUAAUUAUAUCUUUCCUUGUGGCAGCAAUAGCUUCCAUUUUCGCAGGGCUGUGCUAUGCUGAAUUUGGAUCGCGUGUGCCCAAGACUGGCUCUGCCUACCUGUACAGCUAUGUGACAGUGGGGGAGAUUUGGGCCUUCAUCACUGGCUGGAACUUGCUGCUGUCAUAUGUCAUAGGAACAUCAAGUGUAGCCAGGGCAUGGAGUGGGACUUUUGAUGACCUCAUUGGAAAUGCCAUUGCCAACUCUUUAGGUCAACAUGCAGCAAUGGAUAUGCCAGGCCUCGCUACCUACCCAGACUUCUUUGCUGCUGCUCUCAUCAUGCUGUUGGCAGGGAUCCUUGCAUUUGGCGUUAAAGAGUCUGCUAUUGUGAAUAAGGUUUUUACAGCAGUUAAUACAGUGGUCUUGGUGUUUGUUAUCAUCGCUGGCUUCAUCAAAGGUGACAUUGACAACUGGUACAUUAGUGAGGACACUAUCCUGAACAUAACAACAAAUGAAAACUUCACAUCGGCACUAAAUGAAACCACAAAUUACGGUGUUGGUGGCUUCUUCCCCUUUGGUGUUGAGGGAACAUUGGCAGGAGCUGCAACCUGUUUUUACGCCUUUGUUGGAUUUGACUGCAUAGCCACAACAGGGGAGGAGGUGCAGAACCCUCAGAAGGCCAUCCCUCUGGGCAUUAUAGCAUCCCUGCUGAUCUGUUUCCUGGCUUACUUUGGUGUGUCAGCAGCACUGACCCUCAUGAUGCCCUACUGCAUGCUCAGUGUCAAUAGCCCAUUACCUGUGGCUUUUACAUACAUAGGCUGGGGCCCUGCAAAGUAUGCUGUGGCUGUAGGCUCCCUCUGUGCACUUUCAACAAGUCUUCUAGGAUCCAUGUUUCCCAUGCCCCGGGUCCUCUUUGCGAUGGCCAGGGACGGGCUGCUCUUCAAGCCACUCAGUAACAUGAGUUCUCAACAAAGUCCUGUGGUAGCCACUCUAUCUUCAGGUGUUGUGGCAGCAAUCAUGGCUCUAUUAUUUGACCUGAAAGCACUUGUGGACAUGAUGUCAAUUGGAACACUCUUCGCCUACACUCUUGUAGCAAUAUGUAUUCUCAUAUUGAGGUACCAACCAGAUCUUGGUGAGGAGUCCAGUGAUAAUACAUCUGAAUCAUUUUCGAUGAUAGAGGCCCUAAACCCUCCUUCUCAGCCCAAUGCUCAAACCUCUAAAAAUGUAUCCAUGUUCACAGUCUUUAUCAUCCUUUUAGAAAUUAUUCUGAGCGUUUCCCUGACCAAGGCUGUGGAUUCCCUGAUGAACCAGGAGUGGUGGAGCAUUUUAAUCAUCUCUGUGAUCCUUUUGAUGCUGGUCCUCACUGUUUUCAUCAUCUGGAGACAGCCUCAGAAUACAACCAGAGCUGCUUUUAUGGUUCCUUUUAUACCAGCACUUCCUAUUGUGAGUACCUUUGUCAAUGUCUAUCUGAUGGUUCAGUUGGGAGGAGAUACAUGGAUUCGCUAUGCUGUUUGGAUGGCAGUGGGGUUAUUGAUCUACUUUUGUUAUGGAGUUCAUCACAGUGUGCAAAAGCAAAGGCUGGAAAAUGCACACAAUCAGGUCAACAUACAAAGUCUUAACACAAAUAUGGAGUAAAACUUUGUGAUGGAUGAGGAUUCCUGUGG